AUUGUGGUAUUUUUUUUGGCGUGACCAUCGAUAGUUGCUCACCACUAGAAAACAGAAAGCUAAAAAAAAAAUGCAAAAUUGGCCAAAUUUUCGACAUAAAUAAUAGUUUUCCCUUGAGAAAUUCGCAAACUGCGUGGCAGGACGACCAGCUGACCACCCCGAUCCUCACGUGGAUUGGAGAUUCAUAUAUAGGUGGCAGCCAGAUCGAAGGUUUCACAGCGGACGCUUUUGCAAAAAUAGAAAAAGGAAAAACUGCCAACUCCCACACAAAAAAAAAAAAUUAAAAAGAAAAGGAAAAGGUCAAGUGGUCAUCAGAAUCAAGGGUAAUCUCCUCGAAAAUGCAGCAGAAUACGGCUAGCAAUCCGUUCGCCAUGUCCACAUAUGUGGAGCGACCCCAAAUGGGUUUGGAUGUGGAAUUUGGUGCGGACCCUGCCAGCGGUGCAGCAUUCUUUCAAUCCGAUGGACGGAAACAUGAUGAUCUUAAGCUAAUGUUGGACAGCAACAAGGAUGGACUUAAACUAGAGGCCAUGAAAAGGAUCAUUGGGAUGAUUGCCCGCGGAAGAGAUGCCAGUGAUCUUUUCCCGGCUGUUGUCAAAAAUGUGGUAUCAAAGAAUAUCGAGGUUAAGAAGUUGGUAUAUGUCUAUUUAGUGAGAUAUGCCGAGGAGCAACAGGAUUUGGCCCUGCUUUCCAUUUCCACAUUUCAAAGGGCACUCAAGGAUCCAAAUCAACUUAUCCGUGCUUCGGCCUUGCGGGUAUUAUCCUCCAUAAGGGUCAGCAUGAUUGUGCCGAUCGUAAUGCUGGCAAUUCGAGAUAGUGCUGCCGACUUGAGUCCGUAUGUGAGGAAGACAGCGGCCCAUGCUAUUCCCAAGUUGUAUUCUCUGGAUGCGGAUCAAAAAGAUGAACUGGUCAUGGUCAUAGAGAAGUUGCUAUCGGAUCGCACUACGCUGGUAGUGGGAUCUGCAGUGAUGGCCUUCGAUGAGGUUUGCCCGGAACGCGUGGAUUUGAUCCAUAAGAACUACCGCAAACUGUGCAAUCUUCUCGUAGAUGUGGAUGAAUGGGGUCAGGUGAUUAUCAUCAAUAUGCUUACCCGCUAUGCACGCACUCAGUUUGUCGAUCCCAAUGCGGAUGACGAGGACUUGGUGAAUGAUGGUCUUGGUGAAACGCCUGUUAACGAACGCUUCUAUGAUGAAUCCUCGCACUCAUCUUCCAACAGCGAUGAUGGUAGUAGCGAUGAUGAGAAGAACAAAUCGCGUACUAAUAAUAAUAACAAUAAUGGCGGUGGCAAUGGCAGUAGGACACCAAGUUCUCCAAGCAAUAGCUACCACAUCGAUGUGGAUCAUCGUCUGUUGUUGAGGCAAACGAAACCGCUGCUUCAAUCGCGAAAUGCCUCUGUGGUGAUGGCAGUGGCACAGCUAUAUCAUCAUGUGGCGCCCAAGAAUGAAGUCCAAUUGAUUGCCAAGGCGCUUAUACGACUGCUUAGAUCGCAUAAGGAAGUCCAAAGUGUGGUUCUCAAUUGCAUUGCCUCGAUGUCCACCAAGCGAAAGGCGAUCUUUGAACCGCAUCUGAAGUCCUUCUUUGUACGGACCAGUGAUCCCACGCACUUGAAACUGCUCAAGCUGGAUAUUCUUACCAAUUUGGCUUCGGCGGGCAGUAUUUCGCUUAUCCUGCGUGAAUUUCAGACCUACAUCUCCAGCAGCGAUCGUUCGUUUGUGGCGGCUACUAUUCAGGCCAUUGGACGAUGUGCAUCCAGCAUUAAGGAGGUUACCGAGACCUGUUUGAGUGGCCUGGUACAUCUGCUGUCCAACCACGAUGAACAUGUGGUGGCCGAGAGCGUGGUGGUGAUUAAGCGUCUUCUUCAAACGAAAGCAGCCGAGCACUUUGAGAUCAUCACCCAGAUGGCCAAGCUUAUUGAUUACAUUAAUGUGCCGGCAGCAAGGGCGGCCAUUAUAUGGCUUAUAGGCGAGUACAACGAGAAGGUGCCACUGAUUGCCCCGGAUGUGCUGCGUAAGAUGGCCAAGUCGUUUGUCGACGAACAGGAUGUGGUUAAGCUACAGGUCUUGAACCUAGGCGUUAAGCUCUAUCUGACCAAUCCAGACCAGACGUCGCUAUUGUGUCAGUAUGUCUUUACGUUGGCCCGCUAUGAUCCCAAUUACGAUGUCCGUGAUCGCGCUCGUUUCCUGCGUCAGAUCAUCUUCCCGGCCAGUGGAACGAGUUCGGUGCUCAGUCAGCAUGCCCGCCAAGUUUUCCUGGCCAGUAAACCGGCUCCGGUGCCAGAGAGCAAGUACAGGGAUGGCAAUAACUUCCAAUUGGGAUCAUUGUCCCACUAUUUGAAUAUGCCUGCAACAGGCUAUAAGGAACUGCCUGCAUUUCCGGUUAUUCCACCGGAUUCUUCGGUUCGUAAUAUAGCUGGUUUUAUGCAGGAAAAGCUGCCGGGCGAGGAUUCGCCAUCGGGGCGCUCUAAGGAAAAAUCCGCCGGUGGAAGUGGUGGAAAGGAAAAAGGUGCGGGUGGCGAGAAGAGUUUCCUAUCCGAAUCUGAGGACAAAUCGUCAGCGUAUUCAGAAUCAGGGAGCAGCAGUGGCAGUGGCACCAGCGACAGCGGUUCUGAUAGCGAUGAUAGCGGGAGCAGCGAUGAGGAGGAGGAACAGAAGCAGCAGCAACAGCAACAGCAGCCGCCCGUAAAGGUUUCUUCGAAAAAGGAGCAGCUCAUUGAUGCUGGGAGCAGUGAAGUGACAGUGGAUUCUACGACAGUAAAAGCAACGACGAACAAUAAUAAUAAUGCGGCUGGUUUCUCCGGAACCUCGGACAGCGAAGACUCAUCGGCGUACAGUGGCAGUAGUAGUGAUGAUAGUGAUUCCGAUAGCGACAAUGAAGUGGAAAAGAGGCAGCCAGAAAUUAAGCCGGAAAAGAUCAAAGAAAAGCUAGAGAAAAAGCCUGAACAGCCGGCCUCGAAAAGUAAUCUGGAUCUGUUGCUCGAUCUGGAUGACAUUCCGCCCAUUGGUCCUGUGAUGACGCCCUCACUAGGAGGAUUCCUAACGCCUGGGACUCCAUUGAUGGCUGGACAGGCGGCACCACUGCAGCCACAGCAUGCCCGUAAUCGAGUCGAACUAGUGGGUCCCUCGCACAUUGAGUUCAAGCACAAGGAGCUGCUUAAUAAGGUCAGUGGCCAUGGGCUGCAGUUGGCCUACCGCUUCACCCGCUCGCCGCAUCUCUACUCCUCAAGCAUGUGCUCCAUUGAGCUGCAAUUCCAGAAUCGUGGCGAGAAAGAGAUUACGGCCAUACGUUUGGGCCAAACAACUCUGCCGGCGGGCAUGCAAUUGAACGAGUUUGCUCCUAUAACCAUUCUUCAGCCGCAACAAACAGCCAGUGGUGUACUGGGCGUGGAUUUCAAUGAUUCCACGCAUGCUGUGGAUCUGGAGCUAAUCUCCAGUGCGGGCAGUUCACGGCUGCAGUUAAAGCCGCCAGUGGGCGAGCUAGUUAGAUCCGUCCAAAUUGGCGAAAGCUGUCAUCGCGAGGAGCGAGCCAAGCUGCGUGGCAUGAACGAGCAUCAGUGCGAGUUACGGGGACUGCGUCGGGAUCUAAUCGAUGUGGCUGCCCUGCGGCAAAAGGUUUUCGAAUCCAUCAAUGUGGCGCAUACGCACAGCUCUUCCAAUGGCCAACUGCAUUGUUUUGCGGGUCAAACCCUAAGCUCCAAGAGCCUAGUGCUUCUCACCCUGCACUGGCAAACGGAGGAGGCACUCACGUUGCUGGUGAAUUGUGAAAAGAUGGUCAUUGGAUCCAUGGUGCUCAACGAACUACGGAAUGCCCUCCAGUUAAGCUUCGCAAUGUAAGCGAUCGAUCGUUGGACAUGAAAGAAAGCGAGACAGCAGGGAAAUAACCUGGGAGCAGGGCUACUCAACUGAGAACAAAGCAAAGCGCCGCCGCCUCACUACGUAAAUCUAAGCAUUCAUAUUUAGCUAUAUAUAUAUAUAUAUACUGUAAAGGGCGUGGGCGAACGUAAUCUUUGAAUUAGUUCCAAACUAUCUCUACUGCAAUAAUUCCUAAACUAAAAAAAAUUCAAUCAAAUGUGCAAUGUAACUUUUGGAAGUGCAAUAGGUUUAUCAUAUAUCAUAUAAUGUCAAAUUAAAUUCCGAACGAAUUUUCAAAUUUGGAAUUCAAACCUAUUUGCUAUAUUUUUUUAAAACUGUUAAAAACUGAUGAAAUGUAAUCACAGCCACAAGCCCUCAAAACUAUAUUUAUUGUUAUUGAUUUUUGCUAAAUUCCUAUUGGAAACCUUAAAUGAAAUUGUUAAAUUUAAAUAUUUUCUAUAUAUAUUCUUAACUCAGCUGAAAUAUUUUGCACUAACGAGUUGCCAUUUCCCUUUUACAAAUGGUUAAACUCAACAACUUUGAGAUUAGUAUUAGUUUACAAAAAACAAAAAAAAAAAACAAAAUCAACUUGUUAAAUCGUUCAAGGAUUACUUGACGCCCCGCCCAAUUAUACACAUGAAAUCAUGAA